AUGAGCGUGGCUUGGCUGCAUACACUGGUGUUGCAUCAUACGCCCGAGCCUUCAUUGGGGGCGUUGAAUGUGGCACACUCUCAAAGCCAGCAUGCAGGCAGAACGGCACGCAACGUCUAUGGCCGCACGCAGCUCGAUCACAAGUUUGUGUCCAGUGAAGCACAGUAUGGCCACCAGUUUGUGUCUGAAGAAUGGCACAAGCUCAUGAAGCUGGUAGAUGUAGAGGAUCAGAUCCAAGCCGAGGCCGUGGAUGGGCAGACCUGCGUGCAACAAGUGGUUCAUAAACAGGUGGUCAUCCAACGAAGCCGAGGAGCCGGAUCGUCCAUGCCAGUUGCCGUGCCGCGAGCCGUGGAAGAGGCUGCGUCGACGGCCUUGCAGCAAGAGCCAAGCCAGCACAAUGACCAAACGCAGCAACAAGAGUAUGAAGAUCAGCUUUGGCUUGCUCAAUGUGUGCGGCAAGCGUGGAAGACAACAUUUCGCGACUGGGAUCAGUAUCGAUUGGCACAGGCUGUGACUCGGCACGAAGCACAGGACGGCUGGCUGUUGGCCGUGGCCCCGACGGGCAUGGGCAAGACGCUGUGUACACUCGCUCACCUCCAGCCACGCAAGGUCGUGGUGUGGGUAGUGCCGCUUCGUGAGCUUGCCAGAGACUUGUGCCGCCGCUUCGAGCAGGCUGACAUUGUAUCGCAGUGGGCUAAGAAUGAUGGCCGUGACACGCAAGUCAACGUGCAAGUGGUUGUCAUGACGGUCGACUUUUUGGUUGGCCAUGGGAUGAUGUGGGUGCAAACUCUCGUGCAGCAAAAGCGUCUGGCCAUGCUGGUGAUGGACGAGGUUCACACAAUGCUCGUGGACACCAGCUAUCGAGAGAGUCUUGUUCGCUGCCCAGGCCGGCUGGACCAUCUUCGCCAAAACCCAUCCGUCAAGUGUGUGGGCCUGACUGGCACGCUUUGCCCCAAAGAUGAGCGGGCUCUGCUCCAACAGCUGGAUUGCACGGAGGACGCUUCGUACCAGACCUUUCGUAUGCCAACCAUGCGAACCGAUCUUCGGCUAGGGGUGCAACAAGGAACAACAAAGGCAUUUGAGAUGUUUGUGAAACGCCACUACGGCCUGUUGGAGCAAGAGGGCCGCGUGGAUCGCAUGCUGAUAUUUUGUGACACGAAGAAGCAGGUUGAGGCAUUGUCGACUCAGUUGGCACGCACGUUGGGUCACGAGCAGUCGCUGGCCGUGGAUGCUGACAUGUCAGCCGAAGACACACGGGUCGCUCUUGAGCAGUGGAGGAGCGGCACGCAGAGUCUGGUCUUGGUGGCCACAAGCUGCUUGGGCGCGGGCUUGGACAUGCCCAACGUCCGGAAGGUGAUCUGGUUUGGCAGCGGCUACAACGGCUACACCUUGUCGCAGGCCUUUGGCCGGGCUGGCCGCGACCGACGGGUGGCGAGGCCACGCUAUGGAUACCACCAGGCACAGCGGUUUCGGAAGACCUGCAGCCAUUUGCAAGCAUGA